ACUAACACUUGACCAUCCAAAAGACAGCCAACAAGCAAACUCGCUGUUACUGGGCAACACGAAAAGACAACUACAAAAAUGGACACUGUCUUGGAUCCGUUUACCGGGCUGGACUCCUUUUCCUCCCCUUACUUUGACGACGACGAGUUCUUUACAGAUCAGUCCUCCAGAGACCACUUGGACACAGACGAGUUUUUAGAUGACGAUGUCGACUUUCUCACCAGUCAUUUCCAAGAUUACUACAAGGACAGCAGGACAACGCAUGACGGGGACUACUGUGACAUUGGCAACUUUUCCUUCUCGUCCUCAUCUUCUACAUUCUCGUAUGGUUGCGCAGACAGCACUUCGGAACUCUCGCCCCAAAUGGACGGAGAGGCCCCGCUACUGAAGAGGCGCAGGCGCAUGAGAUCUGAUAUGGAAAUGCAACAGUUGCGGCAUGCUGCCAACGUGAGGGAGCGACGGAGGAUGCAGUCCAUCAACGAUGCCUUCGAAGGGCUCCGGUCACACAUACCGACCCUGCCAUAUGAGAAGAGGCUCUCCAAAGUUGACACUCUGCGUCUUGCCAUUGGCUACAUUAACUUCCUCGCGGAGCUCGUGCAGUCUGACAUGCCCAUCCGUAACUCCAACAAUGACGCACUGAGCCAACCCAAAAAAGUAAUCAUAUGCCACAGAGGAACAAGACCUCCAUCUCCAAGUGACCCUGACUAUGGUCUGCCUCCCCUCGCGGGACACUCGCUGUCAUGGACAGACGAGAAGCAGCUGAAAGAUCAGAAUAUCAUCAGAACAGCUAAAGUGUGGACCCCAGAAGACCCACGAAAACUCCACAGCAAAUCGUCUUUGAAAAAUAUUGAAAACGAACCCCCAUUCAGUUUAAUAGCCUAAAUGUUAUACUUUCAUACACACACAUUGUAAAUGUGAAUUUAAGUUAUCCAUAUAAAUGGAUCCAUGCAAUGCUACGUAUGUUGGUGCUAUGUAUCUCGUUUAAAUUGCUGUACAUAUUUAUACGUUUUUUUAAUUCAGGCAACUGGCAAUCAUGUAGCAAUAAUGUAUUUAAAUGUUUUAUGAUUACAUAAUAUAUUUGUAUUUAAUGUUGAUUAAUAGGCUGUUGCAAGAACCAAAACAUUUUUAUAUUGAGUUGUAAGAUAAUUUAUAUUUAUAU